CCACUCCCCAAUUGACCCCGCAAUGAGGCUGCUCACCUGGCUGUGCUCGGUGGCGGCCGUGGCCUCCGGCUCUGGUCGCACGGAGCACGCUCCGCGCAGCCGGCAGCCGCUGCUGUCGCCGUUGUCAGGCCGCACGCUCUACUUCCUCACCGCGGUGAACCCGAUGCUCGCCGCCCUCAGCAACGACUACAGCUCCCGCGUCCAAGUGCCCGGCAGCAAGACGCAAAAGCCAGAGGGCAUCGUCUCGGGUGUGUACCGCACACUCUUCUACUUUGCUCGGCUCAAGCCGCGGCUGAUGUUCUCCGUCGGUGCCGCGCUGCGUGCGCUCCAGAUGACGACGGCGCUGCAGGUGCAGCGGCCUCACGCUCACCCAGCGCUCGACCCGUCUGUCCGCCUGGAGUGCCGUCCCCACCUGGUCGCCCUCCCCACACCUAUACCCUCCCCGCGCUGCCUGGCCAGUUUGUGUUUGACCCUCCCGCGGGCGUGGGCGCCGGCCUCAACCUCCUGUCGCUCGCCUCCGCCUCCCGCUGGCCGGCGAUGCUCGUGCUAGGCUGGGCGGCGAGCCAGGGCGCGUGGCGGCUGCUCGGCGCGCGGCCGCCGCCGCAGUCGCCGGUGCCGAUCACGGUGUCGGUCCUCAGCGAUCCCGAGACGGGGAAGAAGCAGGUGAUCCCGAUCAGCGUCGCGAUUGACCAGUUCC